UACCGUUACAUCAUAUCUCCAAAUUCAAAGAGAUGAAUAAUCACAAAUAAUCUUUUUUUCAAUAAUUAAAUAAUUUUUUAAAUAUUAUGAACAGUACGGCAUUGAUUAUUAUUCUUUGGCUAUUUAAAGUUUGUUGCAGCUAUUUAGAAUGGGAAACCUCGAUAAACCCUUUUAAAAAUAUUACGAUAGUUCAAGGAGGAUCCGUCUACUUAACUUGCAACAGUUCAUUUGACGCCCCAUACAUUCGUUGGAUUCACGAUGGAAAAUUCUUAUUGAAACAGGGUAUGAACCAUAUUGUAACGUCUACGGGCCACUUGUUUAUUCGCGAUAUUAAACAAGGACACUCUGGUGAGUACAAUUGCGUAGCGGUCGACGCAAGCCACGAAGACAUCUCUAAACCAAUAACUAUCAACGUCCAGAAUGAGGUUGAAAUAAUCGAAGGUCCAGAAGAUAGAAAUGUAUCGUAUGGUCACAUUGUAACUGCUUAUUGUGUUGCAACCGGUGAGCCCCCACCCAUCAUUUAUUGGGUCAAAAAUGGAAAUCAAGUAAAUGACAAAUCGGGAAAAAGGUAUUCAGAGCCCAAACUUUUAGUGAAUGUAACUAAGAUGCUGCGAAUAGUGUGCCAUGCUUAUAACGAAUUGAUUGACGGUGCUCACAAGGCUUUUAAAAGUGCCGUUUUAUUCCCCAUUUAUUUUAAUAAAGAUCAGAGGCUUAAACCGACUUCAACAAAAUAUAAUAAUUGGACGAGCCUGGUAACGAAUCUGACAGAAAGAUUUCUAGAGACGAAUUUCUCCAAGAAUCAUUCGAAAUGGAUGAAUAAAAAUCGCUUUCAGCCCUUCUCAAUACCGUCUAUAAAUACCAGCUCGAACGAAUAUCUCCCUCCCCUCAGUUUCAUACUCGUAUGGGCUGGUUUGCCCUUUUUUAUAAUAUUCACAUUUUUAUUGUUGGGAUUUGUGUGUAAAAAGUGUGUGAUAGACAGGAUUAAUCCUUUCAGAUGCUAUGAUAAAACAUUUUUAGAAUGCCCCAAGGAUGGGAAACUUAUGGGGAGCAGAGACUUUAAUCAAGACUCGCUCAGGAUAUUUAUAUCCGAUCUUCCAAUCAACGAAACUUAUUACAAUAAGAUAUCUCCAGACAGCUUUCGGAAUUACAACCAAGAGUUGCAUAAUUGUGCCAUUAAUUCUCUCAAGUCCAAAUUGGCAAAGCUCUCAUUACCCCACCUAAGGAGAAGUUAUAAUAAAAAUGAUAUUAGUAACAAAAUAAAAAAUAUGACCUUUUUGAGUUCUCACAAUACUGUAGACCUGAGCGAUCACCAAGCUAAAUUCGUACCCAGUGAAGGUUUACUUAAUGAAUACCCAAGGAACAAUAUCAUAUAUGUGAAGAAUUUAGGCCAGGGGGCAUUUGGUCACGUUUUUCAGGCCAGAGCUCCUAAUUUGGUUAAAACCGAGCCAUGGACUAUGGUGGCGGUCAAAAUGAUCAAAGAAGGAGUCGAGAUAAACUGUGAUUUGGAAGAAGAUUUUGCAAGAGAGGCCAGAUUAAUGGCUCAAUUUAAUCAUCCCAACGUUAUAAAGCUCCUGGGAAUAUGUUCCGUUGGUAAACCGCUAUGCUUGUUAUUAGAAUACAUGAGUUAUGGAGACUUGAAUCACUUACUACAACGCUAUAACCCAUACAAAAUGCAUUUUCAUCAGCUUAAAGCCAACAAAAACUGUUUUGAAGGACUGUCCAAUUUAAUGUAUUUCGAUCAAAAGUCAGCGAGGAGGAUCUUAAGGCAGUCCAAAGCUACAUUUCUACCUGAAAUACACGAUUUCUUCUGUAACAAGGCAAAUCAAAAGCGUUUCGGAAAUUUUCAAACCCUCACCAAUAAUGAAUUUUACAAACCCAGUGGCCUAGAUUACAAUAGUUUCAAUCCUGGUAUAGUUAAAUCAAGUAAUUCGGAUAUUUGUAAAUUAGCGCAAUCUCUGACCUUAAACGAUCUCAUACACAUCGCCAAGCAGAUUACUACAGGCAUGCUUUAUCUGUCGUCUAAACAAUUCAUACAUCGAGACCUGGCAACUCGGAAUUGUUUGGUGGGUCAUAAAUUUAUAGUAAAAAUAUCGGAUUUCGGAUUAUGUCGUAAAAUAGAAACUUACGCCUCGUCUCAAUUUACUGCAUCACGAGAUAGGGCGCUUAGUUAUAGUAAAUUUGUUAGUAAUUACCAAUCUAGCGAAGAAGGGAUUGACUAUUACAGAACUACCAGGUUGAGAGCAAUAGCCAUUCCAGUUAGGUGGAUGCCUCCGGAGGCUAUAUUAUUUAACAAAUUUAGCAUAGCCUCUGAUGUUUGGUCCAUGGGUAUUGUGCUAUGGGAAAUUUUUGCAUUUUCCAUUCAACCUUACGCCUGGUUGAAAAAUAAGACAGAAAUUGUGACUUAUCUCAAGAGAGGGGAGCGACUACCUAAACCUACUUUAAUGCCAGAUUCCAUAUACAAAUGUAUAUUGACCGAGUGUUGGAGAGUUAAACCUUGCCAAAGACCAAAUUUCAAACGCAUCUACGAUCUGCUGUCGCGAAUAGAUAUAGAAAUCAGAAUUAAUGGGCAUUAAAUGUAUGAAUAUAUUCUAUAAACGAAAGAAAGAAUGCUAACACUUUUUCAUAGAUAUACAGGGUUUCCCAUUCUAAAAAGGAAAAGUCAUCAAAAAAAGAAAAAGGUCCGAUCAAAAAAGGAAAAAGUCCUACCAAGACAGAAAAGGUUCAAUCAAAAAGAAUAAGUCACACAAGAACGAGGAAAGAAGGAAAUUAGUUAUUUAUUGUUUUUUAAAAAAAAUUUGCUAUUUUAAUAAUCUUGAAAUGCCAUUUUAUGUUAUUGGUUAUUUUAAAUUAUCUUCCUUAAUUUUUCUAACUUUUUCUAUUCACUCUUUAAUUUUAUGACAUUUUUAAUCUAUUUUUAUCAUCUUUUCUCAAAUUUCUUUAUUUAUUUUUUGUUUUUGAAUUUUUUAAAAUAAUUUCUUUAUUUUCCCUGUCAUCUUUCUAUAAUUCCCUAUUUAUUUUGUCAUUCCUAACUAUCUUUCCCCCUUUUUAAGAUUAAUUAUAAAUAAAAUUAAGAGAAUUGAGAAAAGGUAACAAAAAUAUAAUGAUCUCAUAAAAAUUAAUGAGGGAUCACUAAGUUAGAAAAAAUAUAAGAAAAAACUUAGAAAUAAUCAAAAAUUAAAGAAAAAU